AUGCAACAACUAUCUCAGGAACAAUUAGAAGUCAAAGAAAAAAUAAUUGCAUUUAUUAAUAAUGAUGAUGAGAAUAGCUCGAAUGUUAUGUUUUUCCAGGGUCGUGCUGGUACUGAAAAGACAUAUUUAUUAAACCAAAUAAUUUCAGAUUUAAGAAAAGAUGGUAAAAAAGUUUUAGUAACAGGAACAACUGGGAUAGCAGCCUCCAAGUAUCCACAAGGUUCCACCGUUCACUCUUUAUUUAAACUAAAAAUAAAGUCAGAUGAUUUAAAAGAAGAAAGCGGAUUUUACUCAAACGUUGGAUUAAACUCAUUUUUAGCUCAUAUACUAUACACAGCCGAUUUAUUCAUAAUAGAUGAGGCAUCAAUGCUAAUAGAGAAUGUUGCUAAUGAUGUGGACACAUGCCUUAAAUAUAUUGUUGCCGGGAAAAAAGGCACAAUGGAUCAGAUGGCCACAAUGAAGCCUUUUGGAGGGAAGAAAGUACUACUAAUGGGAGAUCUUUUACAAUUGCCUCCAGUUGUGCCAGAUUAUGGAGAAAGUGUGCUCCAAAGAUUAAUAACUUCAUGUUAUUGGUGGAAAGAUUGUUCUUUUGUAUCCUUGAAAAAGCAAAUGCGAACAAAAAAUGAAAAAUGGUCUAGCUUUUUAUCAGAAGUUGCAGAAGGAAAUAUUCAAAACAAAAAGUGGACUUCUCUAAUAGAAGAAUUUGGAAUAACUGUUACCCAUGAUAGAGAAGAAGCAAUCCAAUUUUAUUUAAAAGAUGUAGAUCUAACUGGGAAAUUUCCGAUGGAUCAACAAUGGGUUUCUUCUACAAAUAAAUUAACCAAAGAAAUGAAUGAAAUCUUUGCCAAAAUGCAUAAAGAUAGUUUACAAGAAAACUAA